ACCCAGCAAAACGAAAAAAGAGAUCGACUCCCCCCAACUAACAAAAAAAAGAAUGGCGUCGGCACAGCGCUGCAGGCACGCCUGCGACUGCGAGCAGCAGCAAGCCUGCAACAAAACCAAUCCCCAGCAGCAGCAGCAGCAGAACCACAACAACAACCACCACCAGUCGCUGAGCCAGAAGAUGGCAGAUAUGACUAACCGGGUUUUCCACAGAGACGGCGCCCACAACAAGGGACAAACCGCCGCCACCAAUGAAUCCUCCUCCAUUGUCAAAACAGCAGCGCACUUCGUGAGGAAUGCUGCCACUAACGGCCACGGCGCAAGCACCCAGUGCACAACUGGAGCCAGCCACGCCAAACCUGCCACUGCUGCUGCUAAUGGGCGUGGCGGGCACAAGAAGAGAGGGCUGCUCGAGAGGAUCAACGACCGCAUUGCUGGACGCAGCGACGACAGCGGCAGCAGCAGCAGCAGCGAGAGUGACAGCGAUGACGACAACAAGAGCAAGAACAAGUGCAGAUCGCCAAAGAAGGCUUAAGUUGCAAAAAAUAAGUUUGUGCGCAGCUGCGUUGGAAGUUUGGGUUUGAAUUAGUCGAGAUGAUAAUAAGUAAAUAAAAAUAAGUUUGUGUGAAAUGCGAGAGAGAGAGAGAGAGAGAGAGAGAGAGAGAGAGAGAGAGAGGAUGAAAAUAAACAUAAAUAAAGUGUUCAAAUAAACAUAAAUAAAGUGUUCAAGCAGUAUGUGGAUCCAACUUUAUGUAUGAAACAAGAGAACAGUUGUGGUAUUAGGUUCAUUUCAACGCAUUAGGUUUCACUACUUCCAUCCUGGUCCUCUCCUCCAUCGAAGCAGAUUCCUUCCAGACAACUGGAACCAAAGCUAGAGGCCCAUCAAGGACUUAUUAGACUUGAGAUUCCCUCGUGUCCAUUACCAUAUCUGAUGCAGUCCCACGAGUUAAUGGACUAAAGAAGAAAUUCCACCAAAAAGACGAGGAGAGCAGCAGAACAAUAUCUUGGAAAUAACCUACAUAUUGCAAA